CGGCGGUUUUGCUCGGACAGCUCGUUUAACUCCAAACUACGGUUCGUUCUUACACAGACAUCAACGCGUUCGGCUGAAUCAUAAAUUUUUCAGUGAAAAUUUUCAUUUACAAUUUCUUUGACAAAAUUAACAAACUCCAAUUGGACUUUUUAAACAAAAUUCUUGUGUGCAAUAGAAAGUGAACGAAAUUCGGAAAAGUCGCAGCGAAGAGGUGUGAAAAAUAGUAGAGUUUUAUAGCAGUCUGUGGCACGGCUGUAAAAAAGAACGAAUGUAGGAAAAGGAAGGAAAUAAAGUGUGAAGUGUAAAGAGCAGAUAGUAGUAGUGGGUGGUAAAAGUGCAGUGUGGCAUGCGGGACGCAAAUGCUACACAGUGAAGUGGAAGUGCGUAAACGAUAAAGGCUACGACGGCGAAGACAACGGCAACGACAACGGCGAAUGAAUUGAAUUGGAGCUGAGUGGGUGUACGAAAACGAGGAAGCAGUGCAAUACAUAGUAAGCAGACAAAGUUGAACGGGGGCAUUUUGGAGUCGAAAGGAAUACAUUGUGGACGAUUGGAGCAGAAAUUACUGUGAGAGUGAGUGUGUGGGAGGGCGAAUUACGGGCAAAUCGACAAUUUAAUAAAGCGGAAGAAGAGAAGAAGAAUGCAUUUAUGAAUAUACGGCGAAUACGUGUGUUAAAAGGCAAAAGGAAAAUUAUAUUGAGAACUGGAGUAGAAGCAACAAAAAAAGCACAAGCGCACACAUACAAAUAGACGAUGAACUACACCCAAAAAAGUGCUGCCAACGGCAACAGCGACGCAUAAAUGUGAAAAAAAUAACAUUAAAGUGCAGACGAAAAACAGGAAUAUUACAAAAAUUAAAUACGCUACUGCACUUUUAAGCACUAAAAGUGUGUGCCAGUGUGCGAGAGUUUGUAUGUUGCUACAGCCUAAGGCAUAUUUAUGUGUAUUUGUAUGCGCUUGUGUGGGCAUUGGCGUAGGAAAUUAGUAAUUGCACAAACGAAACGGAACCGAAACGCACAUAUGCUUAACCGUCGCACACACGCGCACAUACAUAGUGCUGCAUAGGUGCUUUAGGCAUAUAGCGGCCAAGCGUUCGUUAAGUGGCUGUGCAAGUUAUACCUGUGCCACCCACACAAAUGCGGCGCUGUGCAGCAAUCUUCUGCCGGAUACGCGAAAGCCAGCUUCCAAUUGCAAGCGCUUGAUGCGCUGUAAUUGUGUGCAGUGCAUGUAAAAUAAUUCGAUUAUCAAACGUACAAACAUACACACAUAUUUAUAUAUGAAUAAUUGCGUUGCAUUAAUUUGUGCGCGUUGCAGUAUUUGUUCGGUAGAAACUGUGUGGCAUUUUAUGCAUUUUUGUGUGAACAUUUUGAAAUGUAAAUUUACAUAUAUACAUGUACACAGUGGCGUUAUUUUGUUUAAGAAAAAUAUAAGAUUUCGUGUAUUGUACGUGCCAUAAUUUUUGUACAAACCCCACCAGCGCGACCCACUCGACAGUUUUACUGCCGCAACAACAACACUCGCACACUACUUAUCGGUGGUUUUUGGUAUUUUGUUUUGUUGGAAUAUGGAUUGCAGUCUUGCAGAACAAAAUUCCGUGAAUUCUUUGGACGAAACUAUUAGAAGUCUCACGCAAUUAGCUUCGAGCGGCAGCCCAUUGCGGCGCGAAAACACCUUCACAUCGGUCACAGCCCAACAAGUGACAGUCUUAUCGUCGUCGCCAUCGUCUACGGCGGCGGCGAUACAAACUGCGGCAGCCAUUAAGCUGCGCAAGUACAGCGAUCGUUGUCUGACCACAGCCGAGGCCAAAUCGCACACCUACCGCAUUUCGAUGGCCAAUUUGGAGGAGACACAAGAGUCCGAACUGGACAUGAUAUUGGGCGAACUGAGCUUAUUGGAGGCGCAAAUUAAUUGCGGUGAUGCUGCCUUUCUACCCGGUUGCGGUGUGCCUGGACCGCAGCAGCAUGUAAAUCAAACAAGCGGCCUGAACAUGGGUACAGCACCGCCAACACGCACACAUUCGCGCACAAAUUCCACCAUUUCAGGUGCCACAACUAUUUCGCUAUCCGGUUCGUCGGAGUGCGGCAGCAGUGCCACCACGCAUUCGUUGGCCUCCUCCUCGGGCGUUUCGGAGAACGGACAGAGUAGCGUGGGCAGCGGCGGUAGCGUGAGCAGUGUGAUGGGUGUCACUAUGGUUGGUGUGGGUGGCGGUGUGGUGGGCAUGAUGCGCGAGCCGCGCACCGAAUCGCCGGACAAUGAUUCCGCUUUCAGUGAUACGGUUUCGCUCUUGUCCAGCGAGUCGUCCGCCUCGAGCAGCGCUAGCUCGGCGCUGCAUCACAAGCAAAUGCAGCAGUUGCAGCAGCAACAGCAGCUUCAGUAUAUGCAACAACAGCUGAGCGGCACUACAUUGAGCAGCAGCAAGGCGGCCAAGAUACAGUUGGCGCUGCAUAAGUUGGAGCAUCCAUCCAUACGCAGAUUGUUUGUGAAGGCGUUUACCUCGGACGGCGCUUCCAAGUCGCUAUUGGUUGAUGAGCGCAUGACAUGUGGUCACGUGACACGCUUGCUGGCCGAUAAGAAUCACGUGCACAUGCAAGCCAAUUGGGCGCUGGUAGAGAAUUUGGGCGAUCUGCAAAUGGAGCGUCUCUUCGAGGAUCACGAGCUGUUGGUGGAUAAUUUAAUGACUUGGAAUUCGGAUGCGGGUAAUCGUGUGCUUUUCCAACAGCGCAGCGACAAGGUAUCGCUUUUUGCCAAACCCGAAAUCUACUUGCCGGGCCCACAAAUGGCGCCUGGCAGUCAACAUGAUGAGCAUACACGCGCUAUGUUGUUGGAGGAGUUCUUCGAGACCAACUCACAGCUGCAGGUCGAUGGUCCACUAUAUAUGAAAGCCGAUUCGAAGAAGGGCUGGAAACGUUAUCACUUCGUGUUGCGAUCUUCCGGUCUCUACUACUUUCCGAAAGAGAAAACGAAGAACACACGUGAUUUAGCUUGUCUAACGCUCUUCAAUGGCUACAAUGUGUAUCGCGGUUUGGGCUGGAAGAAGAAAUGGAAGUCGCCCACGGACUAUGCGUUCGGCUUCAAGUCAGCCGUUGAUUCGUCAUUGGGUAAAACAUGCCGUACAUUGAAAAUGCUGUGCGCUGAGGAUUUGGAGACAAUGGAGAAGUGGAUCACGGCCAUACGCAUCUCGAAAUACGGCAAACAGCUGUGGGAUAGCCACAAAACACUAAUGGAUGAUCUCAGUUUGGGUGAUGUGAUGUCACAGAGCAGUUUCGGCGUGUCGAUGCGUAGCGAAUCGAUUAGCAGCAUCUCAUCGGCUGUUCCUUCACAGUGCGGUAGCGUCUCCUCUGCCGUUUCGAGCAUGUCCAAUUCGAGCGGACGCGUUUCGCGCGCCUCCUCAUCUUCGUCAAGUGGCUGCCUUUCGGACGACAACAACGGCUUCGACUCUGAAUUCACCACAGGCACCAUCAAACGUAAACCUUCGAUGAAACCGAAUCUACCGUUGACUACUAUGACGCGCCAGUUGAAGGAAGUCGGUGAAAUAACUAUUUGUGAGGGCAGUGGCGCUGAUGUGCAGGACGCCACCUCGCCUGAGCGCAGCGGCACGUUAACGCGUCGACACAGUCGCCGCAAAUCGCAAGAGAGCAACGGUAGCGGUACACUAAAACGGCGCCAGCCCACAGCGGCUGUGGCCAAACGCGGUUCGGCCGAAAGCAUGAACGCAACCGCUUGCAAUUCAUCUGGUUCCUCCAAUUCGACACCUACGCCAACGCCCAGCAUUUGCACCAAGCCGCUGCUGGAAUAUGAAGCGUCACGCGCCACACCUGUUAACGAUGUGGCCGGCGUCACAAACUGCAUGUCCUCAUCAACACUCUCGCUAGACUCGCUGCCGCCACCACCACCGCCUCCGCCGAUUACCGAUGAACAUGAGAUAUACGGCUCACAGCUGUCGCUGGUUUCAUUGCCACCGCCGCCACCACCAGAAGAUGUCAUGGUAUAUCCACAGCCGCCACAAGAAUACGCGUGUGCUGGUGGCCUUAAGUCAAACGGCAUGCCACCGGCGGUGCCUGCAAAGCCGCAAAAAUCGCAACAAACGCCCGUCAAGGGACCGGCGCCACCCUACAAGGCGCCACCAGAGUAUGUGGGGCAAGCGCACGCUCAGCAUAUGAACAAUAGCAACAACAACAGUGGUAUUAAUGCUGCUGCGGCCGCUGGACUGCCACCACCACCACCACCAACGAAUACGGGCACACAAAAGAAAGUCUCCUUCGCCGAUUCGCCAGUGUUGUUGCGUCGCAAAAUGUGCUCUCCCGAGCCGCCCGUGUGUGUAAUGCAAAUGCAUGCACAGCCCAUUUAUGGUUACGCGCCUUGUCCGCUGCCACCGCCACGCGCUGAUAUGACGCGUCUUUCCACGAACUCUUCGAACUGCAGUUCCAUCGACUUUGGCUCACCGAAGCGCCUGCAGGAGUCCACCUCGAAUCCGCCGCGUGACUUUCUCAAGGAUCUGCAGCGCGUAAUGCGUAAGAAAUGGCAAGUGGCCCAGAAGUGCAAACUGGAACCGGCCACAACGCCGCACGAAGUGCUCGGCUUUCGUGAUUUCAACGACGAGUUGCACAAUUUGAAUGCCUCCGCCACCACACACUACUACCGCGAGACGGCCAAUGUGAGCAAUUGGGUGCAGGAGCAUUAUGGCGCAGGCGCACCACCACCGCCGCCGAGCGAGUAUGCGCUCUACGAAAAUUUGCAUGCGAAUGAUGCGCCGAACGGCAUGGGCGGCACAGCAGUCAUGAUGGAACCACAAUUCCCUAUGAGCGGCACGGCGGUGGCUGCAGCAGCGGCACAACGCAAGAAGCGGCCACCGCCACCACCACCCAAACGCAGCGAUUCGACGCAGCUGACGCAUAGGGUUUAGGGAUGUGGCGGAGGCCAACGUCGCCGGCAUUGGUUUCUGUGCGGUUGGUAAAAUAUAGCGUUGAGGCGGCUGCUUAAACGCCUGCUAGUGUUGCGAAGUGCGAGCGAGAACGCUGCGUAUAUGAGCGCCGAAAAAGGUGGAGAGAUUUAUGUGUUAUGCUUAGGUAGGGUUCAGAACCUGUGUCUGCUGCGCGGCCAGUUGCUAAGCGAAUUGCGGCGGCAAUAGGCACAAAAUAUGUCCUUUUAAUGUAGUUUAUAAUUCAGCUAUAUAUAAAAUUAACAAAUUUUUAUAUAUAUUUACAUGCUUAUACAUUAAUACAUAUGGUAUGGACGUCUAAUAGUUAAGAUUUACAUACAUACAGGCAUUAAUGCUUUAGAGUAAAGCGAGUUUUCGCGCAAAAUUUUUUUUAGGUUAAGAUAACAAAACGCUACUUAAAUGCUUUCAGAAUGUCUACGCCUAGGAAUUGUACAAUAUGCCAUACUACUUGAUUGAAGCGAAAAGGGGGAAGGUAAUUUGCUAAGAGGGGCACUCAGUAAUGCAUCUAUAAAAUAAGCUAAGAAGUUUUCAAAAAAAUUUAUAUCCUUUAAAUCAUAAAAGGAUAGCGCAUUACAUUUUUUAAAAAAUUAUAAUUUUUUGUAAACUCUACACAACCCUCCAUACAAAUGCAAGUAUAAGUAAAAGCGCUUAAGAAUAUGCGUGCAAAUGCUAAGGAAUAAGAUUUUUGAAACUCUACACAACUCUCCACACACUUUUAAACUAAAAAAUUCCAAAUAUGCGCAGAACAGCUAGCGCAAAUGUGCAUAAACGCUAUGGUUUAAGUUUUUCAAAACUCUACACAACCCUGCACACUUUUUUUAACUCAUAAAUCCCAAAUCUGCGCAGAACAGUUUACGCAAAUGUGCAUAAACGCUUUGGUUUAAGUUUUUCAAAUCUCUACACAAUUCUCCACAAAAUUUAUUCGCUAUAAAAAUGCAAGUAUGCGUAAAAGCGCUUAAGCAAAUGCGAGUAAAUGCUAAAGAUUAUAGUAUUUGCGAAAUUCUACACAACCCUCCAAGAACUCUCCACUAAAUUUUUCGUCCCUAAACAUUUUUGUAUGUGUCUUGUCUUAACAAAAUCCUUUAAACAUAUUAGCGCCAUAAAAUAAUCGUGAAAUCUCCACUCUUUGUGCUCCACCUGUAUUAGGCAAGCAAUACUUCGCAAAUAUCCAAUUAAUAUGUCAUGCGAAUUUUGUAUUUUAGCAAAAAUUUUUAAACGAAAUUUAAAAUUUGUCUAAUUCUAAAAUAAUAUAAUUAUAAGCCAAAUUUUUUAUUUCGCAUUAAGCAGCAACUAAACGAAUAUUUAGUACUUUAGUAUUAUUGUACCAAAAUGGCAAAUCUACACACAUUUAACGAUUGCCAGCAGCAUGUAAUGCAAACUUGAAACCCUGAAUUUCAUUUCAUUUUACUGUAAAUAUAAGUCUACACUUUUAUGUGUGCGAAAAAUUUUCGAACAAAGUUAUGAAGUAGUUUAUUAUUUGUAUAAUAAUUGAAAUGAACUUUAACGCCUUACGAUUUAGAAGCGAAUAUUAGCGUUUAGCUUUUAGUGUAAAAUUUGAAAAAAAUAAGAAUUUGUAAACUAAAAAGAUAAUUUCUUAUUGUCCAAUUGGCGUCUACAAACUAAGCUUGUAUGUGUAUGUACUUAUUUAAGUGAAAUUCUUAAAGUAAUAUGUGAAAUGAAACGGAAA